AUGGGAAGCAAAGAAAUUAAAGAGGAGGAUUCUAUUAGGAACAAGAGAAGGACAAUCGAGUAUGAAGUGAGAAAAAUCGCCGACAUCUUCUUCAACAUGUACGUUACGUCGAUAUUUCCUCUGAUGUACUUAUUCUUCUGCGACGAGUUGUGCACAAGGUUUCAUUCAUUGAGAACGCGGUGGCGAAACGAAGUGGCCCGAAUUAUUGAAGCGGGUCCAGGGAUAUCUAACCAAAAGAUGGAAUCUGAGCGAUUAGCCCAUGCCAAACUCUGCGAUCUUAUCAAUGAUGUCCAAAAAGCGUUUGGAUCGCGUCUUACCACGUACUUAUUGUUUGUGUUCCUCGAUCACUUGGCUCGCUUCUAUUUCCUGACUUACGUUAAGCCCGCGUUCCUUGCCACCCACCCAGGAUUACAGUCUUCCUUCGUCAAAGACUUGGAACCUUUCCUAUUCUUGGCACACACUUGGACCGGCACAUAUCUAAUAGCGUACAUGUCUGACUUUCUCACGGAAUCGAGCAAAUCGGUUUUGACAGAUUUAAGAAACAUACCGCUUUGGAAAUUGCCGAAAGAAUGUUCCGAACAAGUAAGUUUUUUCAUGACACAAGUGCAAUGUUCUAACACGGAAAUGACAGCUUCUGGUCUUUUUGUAGUCGACAAAACUCUUUUAUCGUCUAUAGUCAUGUCGCUGGCCACUUACAUAAUUGUGUUAAUACAGUUAUCGCCAGACCUGGGGCGGGUGUUUAUAGAGAAUUGAAAACCUAUUUAAAAAAACAAUAAAAAUUAUAGUACAAACA